GCUGACUCUCUCACUAUCUGAAAGCGUCUUCACUGCCUUGGUUUGUACUACACACACACUCACAACCAAGAAAACACUCCUCCACUUCAUACCAAUCCCACUGGCAACGGCGCUCGCAGAAACGUUGUUGCGUUCUGUGUUCGGCUAUCGUUUCUCUCUCCCUAUUUUUUUUUUCUUUAGCUCCCUGCGCUUCGCCAAGCCUCCGUUUCCAAUGAGCGAGCCCAUGACUCCGACAGCAAAGCCACAGACGGCAGAGACCACCACCACCGCUGCGGCUCCGCUGGCCGAUCAACGCGACGCCCCGACCGUCGCAUCGGCCGUGCGUGCGGCCCCCACCCCCGAAAGGGGCGUCUGUCCGGUGAAGGCGCAGUACCUCCGCCCCGCACCGGCGCGUGUCAGCCUCGACGCAGAGGGCCGCACGCGUGGAAUGAAUAAAGGUGCGGCUCGCGAGCACUCUGCGUACGUGCAGGGCACCGAGCGCCCUACCUGGGAAGGCGAGAGCAACUUCUUCCUUGGCGCCACACUGCAGAACAUCAAGCAGGCCGUCCGAGCCACGAAGCAGCGUCAGCCGAAGCAGCAGCAGCGAAUCCAACAGCAACAGCAGCAGCAGCAGCAGAACGCUGCAUCCGCUGCGUCUGCGGCCGGGGAUGUGGCGGUGGUGGUCGCGCCUGCCGUGGGGGGCGGGGCUGGCGUCGCGCCGGCUGCGGUGGGGCAGAAACGCGAGCGCAGCCCCUCCCCCGCGGAUGCGCUCCCGGAUGCCACGCCCCCAGCGGACGCGAAGCCGCCACCUGUUGCUGCUUUGCAGGAGCCCCCUGUUUCCGACCCCACCACUAAAAUCGGCAACGACGACGCAGCCGCAGCGGGGGUUCGUUCUUCACAGACACACGAGCGGCUGCGGGACGUCGUUGCGCGGCAGUCCAGCACGCGUGGUCUCUUCACAAACAAGCUGGUGCUGGCGCCGCUGACGACGGUGGGCAACUUACCCUUUCGCCGCGUUUGCAAGUCGUUCGGCGCAGACGUCACGGUCAGCGAGAUGGCCGUCGUCUUUAACUUAAACCGGCUGCAGAAGAACGAGUGGUCGCUGCUGCGCCGUCACGAGAGUGAGGACAUCUUUGGCAUCCAGCUGGCCGUUUCGCGACCACAGGAAGCCGCUACCUUUGCGCAGGCGCUGGAGGCGUCCGGCUUCUCGUACGACUUUCUGGAUGUGAACUGCGGUUGCCCCGUUGAGAAGAUUGUGAAGUCGGGUUGCGGCUGCGGGCUAUGGGAGCGCACUGGCCGCCUGCGUGAUGUGGUGGAAAACCUCGCGAUUCACCAAAGCCGUCCGGUCUCCAUCAAGUGCCGCAUUGGGCCCGACGAGGAGUCGCCGACGCUGCACCGGCAGAUCCCUCAGUACUCGACAUGGGGUGCGGCGGCCGUCACCGUGCACGGCCGCUCCCGCAAGCAGCGCUACACCAAGUUCGCCAACUGGGACUACAUGGAGCAGUGCGCGCCGCUGACCUCGCUGCCGCUGGUCGGCAACGGCGACAUUAUGUCACUCGAAGACGUUCUCGAGCACCGCGCGAAGCAGCCGCACGUCACAUCUCACAUGAUCGGCCGUGGUGCGCUGAUCAAGCCGUGGCUGUUUGAGGAGAUCAAGUCUGGACAGGUGAAGGACAUCAGCAGCUCGGAGCGGCUGGACAUGCUCAAGGAGUUUUGCCGCUGCGGCAUGGCGCAUUGGGGCGCCGACGAGCGCGGCAUCAUGACGACGCGCCGUUUCCUGUGCGAGUGGCUGUCCUUUCUGCAUCGCUACGUCCCUGUUGGGCUUCUGGAGCGUCUGCCGCAACGCAUCAACGAGCGUCCGCCCUUCUACGAGGGCCGCGACGACUUGGAGACGCUGAUGGCGAGCGACAGCGUCACGGACUGGAUUCGCAUCAGUGAACUGCUGCUCGGACCUGUGGAGGAACAGUUCCGCUUCACCCCGAAGCACAAGAGCAACAGCUACACCAGCACGGCGGGAGUGGACGACGGCAUGGAGGCGGAGGGCUAG